ACUCUCUCUCAAAUUCACUUCGGAUUCGGAAAUCCCAUUUUCCAUCUUGAACCAAGAGCAAGAAUCCAUUACCGUUUACCCUUGUGCCAUGCCUCUGCCAUGGAAGAAGCCCCGGGUGACCCGGAUUUCCCGCCUGGUUGCCGACCUACAGCAGUCUCCCAAACGCGGCGGAUCCCUCGUGGUGGAGACCGGUUUUCCCACCUCUCUCAUCGAUCUCUUUGUCAAGAACCGCGAUCGCUUGAAGAAAUCUUCCAAGAGGAAGCACAGUCGCCAGAUCCAAACCCCGACUUCCCUGUCAACGCCGUUGAAUUCAUCACCGCCGGCGACACCGAGGCGAUCGUGCAAUUCGGAUCAUGUGGUAGAAGACAAAAAGGUCGAGGAGGUAGUUGAAGUUGAUAAUGAAUGCAACGCUGGUGGUGGUGGGGCCGUUGAUGGUGGUGGUUGUGAUGGUGACCAGAGCGGUGGUGGGAGUGUUUUCACUGCGGUGCUAAAGAUUGGCGUAGUGGUGGCGCUUGGUCUUGGCAGCAGAAAGGUUGCGUUGGGAGUCAUGAUCGCCGCCUUCUUGCUUUUGUACGUCGAGUAUGUAGGUACGCGUUUUCUCUGUUUGUUGAAACCUUGUCCGGAAUCGAGGCUUGGCUUCUUAGACUCUUGGGUCCGAAAUGGGUUGCUGAUUUUGAAGAGAUGGGAAAGAUCAACGAAGAAAUUGGAGGUGCAAGAAGAGACUGAAUUGGAAAGUAAUUGUAUUGAGGAAAUUCAGAUUGUGGAACCUAAUUUUGAAGAAAUCUCUGGUUCUCUAAAGGGAUCCAGACCUUUGGAUUCAGAAACGGAAGUGAGUUCGGAGAAGGGGGAGACAAUUGAAGUUUUGAUUAGAAACGAGCAAACCCAGAUAGGAAAAAUCAGAAGAUCCAAUUUCAUCAAGAAAUUUGUUCCAAAGAGGUUGCGGAAUGGGAAGAAAGAGAGAAAGAGUAAUGAAAAGGUAGAGAUCAAUGAGAAAAAGCCAGAAGUAUGUAGGAAUGUGGAAGAAAUUGGAGAGGAAGUGAGGAAUAAGAGUGAAAAACAAGAGCAAGAAGUAAAGGCAGAAAGGUACAAAGGCCUAAAAGAAGGUGGGACUUGUAUUUCUGGCAAGAAAGAAGAGAGAAUGGGAAAUUCAGUGCAUCUGAUUCUGCUUGCUAUUGUUGUUCUUGUUGGACUUGUAGGAGGUAGAGCUCAUGCAUUCGUACUGACAGUUACAUGGUGUCUUAUGAUCAGAUUUGUUGGGAGGGGAAGGCAAAUUAGGAGUACAGAAGUGGGUGUUGCCACAAUCCCCUCGUAGGUAGUUUUGUGAGAUGGGGUUUCUGGGUUUUGGCUUGGAAAGUCGUAGUGUAGUUCAGGAAGGAAAGUCCAACCUCUGUGUUGGAUACUCGGCUUGAGGUGGUGUAAUUUGAACUGUAAAUUUACGUAGUGUUCGUUCAUUUUUCCACUCUGUAAUUGAAUUCAAGUGUUAACACUUGCAAUAUAGAUGACAUUAUUACACGUCAAAAUUGAAAUUUGAAAGAUUUUUUUCUGACUAAUUCCUAUGUUGGUGAAGAGAAUAAGCGCUAGUUUGCUUUGCUAAGUUCUUUCUCUCUUUUUGUACUGUUUAGUCCCAGCUACUGUUUCCCCGAGUCUUUUUUGACUAGGUCGUUUGGCCCAUGUUUGGCUAAGUUGACAGACUCCGGUAGAAGACUUGGCUAAGUUGAAAGACUCCGGCAGAAGACUGGAAGUUUAGAAGUUGGCUACCCGUAAAUAGAUUGGCAAAAGUAUA